AUGUACUCGUUUGUUGGUUUGCUGGUCGCAUUUCUAGCGACCGCAACUUCUGCUCAACAUUUUCGACCACUUCUGCUACCACCACCACCGGCACCACGGAUUGGUGAAACGUAUUUCGCCUACCAACUAAAGAGCUUCCGUCAAGCUUUGGAUGAGUGUGCUGAAUAUUUAGCAGUUCACCCGGAAGCCAUCGAGCGGCUUAUUUCGUUCAACUACAUAACAAAUGAGCCAGAAUUGAGAUGCUUGAUUCGAUGCACUGGCAUCAAUUUGGGAUGGUGGAACGAUACGACCGGCGUUCAGAUUCCAAUUAUGGAGAGUUAUUUCUUGCCGGCUCCAGGAGAUACUUGCUUCGUUCGACGUACCAGGGAGUGUUUUGAUGCAAAAAUAGCACUAUGCCACGAUGACUGCUCGAAGGCUUACGAGUCGUUCUUGUGUUACUUCCAUCAUUACGGAAACCUCAAAUUUACUAACGAAUACGUUCCUUUGACUCCGCUGGAUGCAAUCCAGGCAGCCGUUGAUUGUAUAAAUGUUCUUCAAAUUCCGGGUGAGCUACUCGAACAAUACAGUAGGGGAGUGUUUCCAGAUUGUCAAGAAACUAAAUGUCUGUAUCGGUGUCAGUAUAUUGCCGAGGGUCUGUACGAUAGUAGACUUGGAUUUAACCUUCCUCGAAUCUACGCUCGCGAACAUGAGAUCCCAGAUCUGGAACUUCUAAGCGAGAACACGAAGGCAUGCACGGAGCUGGCAUUGCGAGACUCGUGUGAUGAGUGUACUAGAUUUUUCCGAGCCCAUAAAUGCUUCUCGAGAUGUGGUGUGAUAGAUCAUACCACUUCCGUGUUGGUGCAAGCGUCUUGGAUUGUACUCGGACAGCACACUUGUAGAAGGCAAAAUCCUUUCUAUUUGUUCCCACCGUACACCCCGCUGCAGUCUUACGCACCUUUGCAGUCGUUCGCUCCACGAUACAUUCUACCUCCGACGAGAGGUUGUAAGUUCGCUAAUAACUGA